AUGCGUCAAUACGAUUAUAUGGAUUUUGCCUGCCUCCUACUGAUUUACCUCAUGUUCCCCCUCGACUCCGCUUCUCAUACUCCUUGUUUUCCUUUUAUGCUUUCCCGUGUCCGUCCUCUUCUCCUCCCUCAUUCAUACACCGACCUCUCCCACAACUACCUCACAGGACCUGCAGUGAUGCCUCUUGCUGCACGCUUCCUGGAUCUCUCCAGCAACUUCCUCUCGGGCCCUCUGCCCGACGAGGCAUGCCAGCCACUCUCUUUUGAUGCCAACUGCUUCACUCUGCCGCUUGGCUGUGACUUGGUGCCGCAACGGCAGGAGGCAGCAUGCAAUGCAUUCUGUGGCGUCUCCUCUUCUGCUGGUGCUGCUGCUGCGUGUGGAGGACAUGGCGUGUGCCAGGACAGAAAUUACUCGACCAACCAGCCGGUUCUCCCACCAGCAUCUGUGCUCACCAAGGGGACGCAGCGCAAGACAAGUGGGAACUUCACUGCAGCGCCAGUGACUCUGUUUGUGUACAGGGCAGGGCAGGCGCUGUCAGGGUGUGGGCUGGAGCUUGCCUUCCACGCCAACUUCACCUUCUCCCUCUUGCCUCGAUCUGGCCGCGUGGGUUUCAACGGCUUUGCAUUUGUCGUCUCGGCAACGGACCGGGUGGGGAGCGGCGCCGGUGUGGGGUAUGGUGGAAUGGACAUGCGGAGCAUGGCGAUUGAGUUUGACACUCUGCAGAACAAGGAGCACGGCGACAUGAGCAGCCAGCACGUGGGGCUGAACAUUCGAGGCGAGGACAAGUCGCUAGCCGCUGUGAGGUCGCCCUUCCCUCUGAGCAACAGGAAGGCGUACACGGCGUGGGUGGACUAUGAGCCGGGGGACCCGGGCACCAUCCAGGUCUUCCUAGCUGCCUCGCAGGAGAAGCCGCAGCAGGCGGUGCUGGAGAGGAGGCUGGCACUGUGUGAGGUGCUCCAGGGUGCAGCCGAACGGCCCGCUUUCUUCUUUGGCUUUGUGGCGUCCACCACUGUGAAACCGUUUCAGCGGCACGUCAUUCUUGAUUCGACAGUGGUUACUGCCUAUGGCCUGCAGCUAUCAACGAACACGUACAUGCCAGCAUGGGCCAGCCCCUUCCCGCGCUACGUGAGUGCGGACUACCGAGUGGCGCCCAGCAAGCAGGACUCGUGGGUCAUCAGUGACUUCCACUCCUGGGACUGUGCUUGUUGGGCGUUUGCGCUGGUGGCGAGUGUGGAAGCGGCAUAUGGCAUUGCAAUGAAUGCAGAGGCGCCGCGGCUGUCAGUGGAGUCACUCUUUGCAGCCAUGGGGCUCACCUCCGAAGCUGACAAGUGCAGCACGGGGGGCUCUCCCACCGAGGCAUUGGAAAGGCUUCUCACGCUGCCUCGCGGUGGAGUCACGGAGGCUGGAUCGCCUAAAAAGGUGUACCCAAUUCACGGCUUUGAGCGCACAAGGUUCAAGGGGUUUGUGGGGCUCAUGCUGGCAGUGCGACGACAACCAGUGGUGGUUCACCUUGAAGCUUCUGCUCCGGAUUUUGCACAAUAUGACGGGACCUUCAAGUACCAGAAUCCUGGCUGCUAUACCGGCAAACUCAACCACGUCGUACUCGUUAUUGGCUACUUUGUUUUAAGAAGUAACGGGAGCCAAAAUCGAAUUGCGCCUCCAUUUUGGGUCAUCCGUAACUCGUGGGGAGUGGAGUGGGGUGACCGGGGCCACAUGCGCAUGGACAUUCAAGGAGGGGAUGGCGUGUGUGGCAUCAACGUCCUGCCUGGCAUCUACCCCAUAGUCAAGAGCAUUGACUGCAAUCAGGCAUUGCCUCGUAACAUGGUGCUUCAGCUGGGAAGUCCUCUCCUCGUUCCCUGCACUGCGUUCUUCUACACGCUCAGUGGCGACACAUGCUGGUCCAUCAGCGCCCAGCUGUUCCUCACCACUAGCAACCUCACCACACUCAAUCCCGGCCUCGACUGCUCUGAGCCCAUCAAGGCGGGCCGCUCUCUGUGCAUCGAGCGCAACGCCACCUUCGCCUACACUGUGCCUCGGUGCCUGCAAUAUGGCAUGCUCAUAGCACAGGACACGUGUGAGCGCCUGCUGCUGCAGGUGGCGGGGAGUGAGGAUGACCCAUCGAGGGCUGGGAAGGAAAACGCUACACGCUGGGCUGAGCUGUACCGCAACAAUCCCGGCCUCAUCUGCUCGAGUGUCAUCCCAGUAUCCGCCUCUGCUGUUGGCAGCAACACUGGCGUGCAGGUGAGGGGUAGAGGGGAAUUGGGUUGGGGUUGCAAGAGAUGGGAAGGAAAUGGAUUGAAAAUUGGUGGGUGA